AUGCAAUACGUGCAGAUUUACACGGAAUGCUGGAACAUACUUCCACAGCAAAGACCGGAAAUUAAAGACGUAAUUGAGAGAUUAAAAAAUGUAGACUUGAAUUGGAUCAUGCCAGUAAAAGGCGAAGAAACCUUAUCUCCAGAUCAGAGACACUACGUAAUACGUGAUAGUUCAGACCUAGUUAGUAUACCGGACGAGACCUCCACAUCAUACUUGACCUCAAAAUCAAGUGAAAAUUUUUCAUCAUUAGCUGAGACAAUUGGUUCAUCUGCAAACGACAAAAAUUCGCGAUCGAUUAAUAAUGAAGAUGCAAUUAAUUCAGAGCACAAGACUUCUUCGACGCAAAAGGAAGUUAAUGUAUUAUCUGUGAAUGACAGAGUAUCAACGCGAGUCUCACUCGAUUCUACGAGUAAUGUAAAUAUAAUGGUUUCGGAACCUACUACCUUAGUACGUUCGGUCGAAAUUUCGAGCGAUGAUAUAACGGUUUCAUCCGAUCCGAAAAAUAGUGAGGAACCUGAGAACACUUCAGCGCAGUCAAUUAAAAGUACCGGGUCAGAAUUAAAUACGCCAGACCCGGCUAGUGAUAGAAAUAUAAUCGUCCCAUCGCCUGAGACAUCCUCGAUGCAUCCUACGAUAAUUGUCUCGUCAUCCGAGACAUCCUCAACGCAUCCUACCAGUUCGGAAAUUAUAUAUGUCCCAUCGCCUGAGACAUCUUCAACGCAAUCAACUAGUUCAGGGACCAUAAUUGUCACAUCGCCUGAGAAAUCCUCAACGCAUCCUACCAGUUCGGGAACUGUAGUUGUCCCACUGCCUGAAACAUCCCCAACGCAUCCUACCAGUUCAGGAACUGUAGUUGUCCCACUGCCUGAAACAUCCUCAACGCAUCCUACCAGUUCGGGAACUGUAGUUGUCCCACUGCCUGAAACAUCCUCAACGCAUCCUACCAGUUCGGGAACUAUAGUUGUCUCAUCCACAACGCAUGCUAUUUCAACGAGCAACAUGCAGUUUAUAGAAGAUUUAAACAAUAAUUUUAUAAAUAAAGUUAUUCACGGCAUCCAUAACAUUGAAAUUUGCAAAGAUCUUAAAAGAAUGAUGAAAGAGAAAAAUGAGCAAAUAGCGAAUGUUCUCAUCCAGUUGGAAAGGAACGGAGAAAGAUAUUUCUGCCUGAUAGGUUUUCUUAAAGCUUAUGGAUUAAAAAAUAAAAAUUCAGCAUAUCGUUGGUACGAAAAAGCCUCUGAAAAGAAUGACCCGCUCGGAUAUUACUUUGUGGGGCUGUGCUAUGAGAUGGGAUAUGGGGUAACCAAGGACAUUAUAAAAUCAAUGGAAUAUUACCAGAGGUCUGCUGAUGGUGGAAAUGCAGAAGCACAAUUUAGAAUAGGAACUCUUAUGCUCAGAGGAAAAGGUGGAGACAAAGACGAAAAGAAGGCGGUAGA